CUCCUUCUCUCUUCGCUUUCCUUUUUCCCCUCACCUAAAACAAUUUUACAUAUAAAUAUGCCCGAAUACUGGUUCGUGUCUAUCCCUGGCGAGGGUAAUCGCACAGUAACUUUUCAAAACUUCAAGGCGAAAAUCGCGAGUAGCCAGAAUGACCUCAGCGAGGUCUCACCCUUGCCCAUUCCAGAAUUUAAGAUUGGAACGUUGGACGCACUUGUGCUGUUAUCUGAAGACCUAGCUAAGCAGGAUACUGCAUUCGAGUCAUCCGCCAACAAGCUUGUAGACAUUAUCCGUUCACUUCUUGGACCUGAGGCUGCGACAAAGCUGGCAGGCAGCCUUUCUGUCAACGAGAAGACAAUUGUCAAUUAUCUCAAGACUUUCCAAUGGAACACAAUGAAAUAUCGUACCGACAAGUCUUUGCCUGAACUAGCGGAGCUGUUGAACAACGAGGUUGCUCAGAUUGAUACCCUGAUGAAGAACAAGAUGGCCAACUAUAGUGUGGUCAAAGGCAACUUGCAAGGAAUUCAAAGGCGAGAGGUUGGUAAUCUGGCAUCAAGAAACAUUGUUCCCUUUGUUAAGAAGGAGCAUGUAAUUUUGGAUUCGGAAUACUUAGAGACACUUAUUGUCGCUGUCCCAAAGACACUUUAUAAAGACUGGCAAAACAAAUACGAAAGACUCACACAGAUGGUUGUUCCUCGGUCAUCUCAGAAAAUCGCAGAAGAUGAUGAAUAUGGGCUGUUUACCGUGACUCUAUUUAGGCGUAUUGCGGAAGAUUUUACCAAUAAAUGCCGAGAGGAGAGAUUCAUUGUUCGUGAUUUCAAGUACAGUCCGGAUGCCAUUGAGGAGCAAAGGCGCGAAUUAGAGGAAGUGGAUGCAUCUGAGAAGGAGCUCUGGGCGACCAUCUUGCGCUUAGCCAAGACAAAUUUUGGUGAGGUAUUCCAGGCAUGGACCCAUUUGAAGUCGCUUCGCGUAUUUGUCGAAUCGGUACUUCGAUAUGGCUUGCCUCCAGAUUUUGUUGGUUUUACGAUCAAGCCAAAACCCAAGCAAGAUCAAAAGAUUUUGGAUAUUCUAACAGCACAAUAUGGUCAUUUGGGAGGAUCUCCUUCGAGCAGAGCCGGUCAUGUUCACCAUGGAGAUGACCACACCGAAGAGACUAUCGCUGGAUAUAACGACAAGGAUUAUAAACCCUUCGUGUUCUUUUCUCUUAAACUAGAAAUCGAAAGACAAUAGAUGACUGACUACAGGACACAGCAGAAGAAUUGCGGAUGAGUUUGAG